AUGAGCAGCGAACGGCGCCUGAACAGGGGCGAGCGCAUCGUGCUCGCCAGCCAUAACAAGGGCAAGCUGGUCGAAUUUCGCGCACUUCUGGCCGCAACAGGUAUCGAGAUCGUCUCGGCUGGCGAACUCGGCCUGGCCGAGCCGGAAGAAACGGCAGGCAGCUUUGAAGGCAAUGCUGCCAUCAAGGCGUUGGCCGCGGCGAAGGCGACUGGAUUGCCCGCCCUCUCGGACGAUUCCGGUUUCUGCGUCUCAGCACUCGAGGGACGCCCCGGCAUCUAUUCGGCACGCUGGGCCGGGCCGGGUGGCGAUAUGCAAGUCGCCAUGCAGCGCGUGCAUGACGAAAUGGGCGACUCAUCGGACAAGCAGGCGGCUUUCGUGGCCGUGCUUUGCCUCGCCUGGCCCGAUGGCACGACCCGCUUCGCCGAAGGGCGCUGCGAGGGCACUCUCUGCUGGCCGCCGCGUGGCGAUCAUGGGCAUGGCUAUGACCCCAUGUUCAUCCCACAGGGCGAUUGCCGCAGUUUUGCCGAACUCUCAUCCGAUGAGAAGAAUGCGACCAGUCAUCGCGGUCGCGCGUUGGCCCGGUUUCUGGAAACCUGCGUCGACACCGACCCUGUUUGA